CGCCGCCUGCUCCACUCCACUCCGCGUCUCCGCCUUCUCCCCCCACCUAUAAAUCGCACCCGCUGGACACGGGGCGGAUCCAUUUCUCGCAUAUACUCCAUUUUUCUUCCCGUUUCCCGAUUCAAGUCAGCGGUUAGGGUUCGGAGAUCUCGGCGUCGCAUCGCGGCCAUGGCGACAAGCACGCUUAGCACAGUCAUGGUGAGCAAUUUGUCGCUGAAAGCAGCACUAAGAGAUGUAAAGGAAUUCUUUUCCUUUUCUGGUGACCUUGUGCAUGUUGAAAUGCAAAGUGGUGACGAGCUGUCUCAAGUUGCCUACAUUGCUUUUAAAGAUAAGCAAGGAGCUGAGACAGCCAUGCUUCUGACGGGUGCCACGAUAGUCGAUAUGGCUGUCAUCGUAACACCAGCCACUGAUUAUGAGCUACCAGCUGAUGUUUUAGCUGCUCUAGAGCCCAAAGAUGCAAAGUCCUCUGCUCUUGAGAAGGCAGAGGACAUCGUUGGGACCAUGCUGGCCAAGGGGUUCAUUCUUGGUAGGGAUGCGCUCGACAAAGCAAAAGCUUUAGACGAGAAGCAUCAGCUCACAUCAACUGCGACUGCUCGAGUAUCUUCCUUUGACAAGAGAAUCGGUCUGAGUGAGAAGAUCAGCGUUGGUACUUCAGUUGUAAAUGAUAAAGUAAAGGAAAUGGAUCAGAAAUAUCUAGUUUCCGAGAAGACUAGGUCAGCACUUGCAGCUGCUGAACAGGGCGUCUCUACUGCUGGAUCUGCCAUCAUGAAGAACAGGUAUGUCCUUACUGGAGCAGCAUGGGUAACUGGUGCCUUCAGUAAGGUUGCAAAUACCGCGAACGAUGUCGGGGCAAAGGCGAAGGAGAAAAUAGCGGCUGAGCAGGAGGGCAAGACCGUAGCGGCCGGGUAUGCACAAGCUGACAUGUCGGACGCUCGUGAAAAGCCCAGGGAUUUGGAUGGUGAAGUCACAAAGAUACAUGUCUCUGAAAACCCUGAAGAUAUCCCCAUAUCUACCGCUGCAGUUUUCCCCAUUACAGUAGAUGAUUCCAGCGAUGCGUCUCCACCACCGCCUGCUACUGCUCUUCCCAAGAAACCGGAACCUGCGCAGGGAUUGAUACUAUGAUGAUCUGGCUGAUACAUGAAUGUAAAUAGACAUAUGAGGUGGGUUGUUUAAUUCAGGCUGUAGCGUUGUGGCUGCUGUAUUGUGAUUCACCUGUUUGAAGGUUGAAAUUUAUCAGGACCGAAAGAGUUUGGGAUUUGUAGCAGCCAUUUUAAUUGAUCAAACAAUAUUAUCAUGCACUUGCGGUGUCAAAAUGUUAAAGUUUUUUUGUUGU